AUGGAGAGAGUGAAGACUACAAUCAUCACUUCUCGCUCGAUUGUUCGCUUACUUGGAAUUCAACUCGACAUCCAGCUGGGGGCCCAACAAGGCUCGGGGCUGCCGGCAGAACCGCAGACGGAGGGCCUGGCGCGACAGCUCGUCCUGGGAGAGACAAGGCUGACAAUUGGGGACGAUAUCUCUGCCCAGGCUGCCUUCAACCUCACUGUACCACCUCCGAAGUUCGAAUAUGCGAUGUCUCCCGAUAUUGGAGACGCCAUGAAUCUACCAGAGGUAUGGGGCAAGAAUUCAAUACUGGCAGCCGUUGUUGGCAGAGUCGUGAAGGAAGACGGUGGGGUGAUUGUGCUCGACGAGGCCAGUCUGACUGACAUAAUCAACCUCACAGUCGACGGCGCCUUGAGCUGGACAGCACCUUCUCCUGGCAGCUGGGUUAUCUUCGGAGUCUGGGAGGGCUACACAAAUCAGCGAAACUGCAUCGGUUCCAGCAAAGCCACCGACUACCCACAGAACGGCUCUUGGGUUGUCGACCAUUACAGCGCCCAAGGGGCGAAGAAAACCACGGAAUUUUGGGACAGGGAGCUCUUGUCAGAAGAGAGGAUUGCUUCUGCACUAAAUCAAUCCUUUCACCAUGCAUACGAGGAUGGACCCGAGUUGCAGGCGGCGCUAUGGUGGACGCCUGAUCUGCCGAGAAUCUUUGAGGAGCUCCACGGUGAUGAGCCCCGUGAAAGCCUCGGAGAGAGCGGCAAGUACUCUCAGGAUUACCGUGCAGCCCUUGAUAUUGGGUAUGGCGGAUUUAUCAAGGACAUGGGGGAUUGGGCGGCAACAAGAGGCUUCGCGUUUCAACACCAGCCAGCAUUCAACCAACCCAAUGACCAGUCCAAGGCCGUGGCGGUGACCAGUAUCCCCGAGCUUGAGGCGAACCCCGGAUCCAUCGCCCCAUGCCGCAGAUUUGUUGGGGCAGCCCACCUGGCUGGCCGCAAUGUCAUCACCGAGGAGUUCGGGCAGACGGCGUUGGGCGCAUUCCGAGCCAGGGUCACAGACAUCGUCAACCUGGCGACUGGGGCAUUCGCCGGUGGCGUCAACGGCAUCACACUCCACGGCUCGUGGACUCGCCUCAACGACACCAUCCUUUGGGCCGGACGCAACCAACAACUGCUACGGAAGGGCGUAGCGAAGCUCGAUUUCGCCUUUGUGAAUUACACGUCGUCCUUCGAUGUCAGCAAAGUGCUCUACCCGACGGAGGGCUUCGAUGCAAAAGGUUACACUUACGAAUACAUCAGCCCCUCUGACCUGCUAUCACCAGCAGCCGUUGUUGAAGAUGGAGUUCUUGCCAAAGACGGCCCCUCUUACAAAGCGCUGGUCCUCUUUGAGCAACAGUACCUCACUCCACUGGCAGAGGAAUCCGCAGCGCUACUGACCUUCUCUGAAGCCGGUCUGCCCAUCUUUAUCACUGGCUCUGCCCCGACAACAUCCAUGGGCUCUACUGGCCAGAAAGAGCUGACUGACAACAUUGAGGUACUUUUCUCCCGGACAAACGUGUAUCAAUACCCAUCAAAACCGGUCGACUCCAUCGUCGACGACCUCGUCGACCAGGGAAUCCAGCCACGCUUCACCAACCAGUCGUCCGAAGACUUCGUUUUUAUCCUCAACAAUGGCACAAAGGCAACAUUCACCCUCCAGUUCAACAUCCCAACCACGGACGUUGUGCCAUAUCUCUUUGACGCCCGGACAGGCUCACAAGAACCAAUCGCGGUUUAUGAAACGAACGAUGACGGAUUCCAGAUUCCUGUCACGUUGGAACAGUUCCAGUCCCGAUUCGUCGCUUUCGUGCAGAGCGAUGUUGCCAGGGGUCGCAACAUACUGUCACACUCGGAGAACAUCGCCGAGGUCCGUGUCACGCCGUCAGGAGGUCUCGAAGCGUAUGUCGCAGAUGCCGACGCGGCGGAGGUGGUUCUCAGCGACCGUAACGAGACAGUAUUGAUACCAGAGGCGUCCGGACCCCUGCCAACUGUCGGCGAGCUGGGGCCGUGGAGGCUCACGGUAGAAUCUCACGGCCCAGCGUCCAACGACUCAGUCGAGUCUGCCGUGGAGACCAUCGAGGUCGGGCCGGUUGUGGGCCAGGUACUACGCAGAGUUACUGUACUCUACGCCACUCAGCGGAGACGGCCUCGCCCGACCAGGGCUUCCUCCUCCAAGGCCAACGCCCCAGCCAACGCCUCGGCCAGCGCCUCCGCCGAAGAUCCUUUCACCGACCACUCCGUGAAAUCCUCCCAGCCAGCCACAGACCCCUUCGCGAGCUCGCAGCACCUCCCAAAAUCAGCCUCAGCCCUCAGUGACUCGACUGCACCUAGUGGCAAUGAUUACAGGCCCGGCCGCGCAAGAUACUUCCACAGCCGUCGCGUCCGCAAAGAUGAAGUAAUCAAGCCGUGGGUCAAGGAGCCCAGGGAUCCCGCCGAGAAGUGGAUCGAAAUCAUCCCUCUUAUCGGGUUGCUGGUCGGCAUUGGAAUUGCGGGAGUCCUGAUCUGGGAUGGCCUUCGCAAUGUCAUUGACCACAAGUACUGCCCAGUCUUGAUCGAUGACUUCUCCCAUGGAAUAAUCGAUCGUAACAUUUGGCAACCUGAGAUACAGCUUGGCGAAUACGGCAACGGCGAGUUUGAGGAGACCACGGACGAGGAUACGAAUCUCUAUGUCAACGACGGCAGUCUGUUCCUCAAGGCUACGCUGCAAGAUGAAGACAAGAUCAACAAGGAAUACACCAGGGACUUGCGCGGCAGGUGCACAAGCAACGAGCGUUACAAGUGCGUGAGAGCCACGAGUACAAAACCGGGGAAUUCAUCUAUCGUGCCCCCAGUCAUUUCUGCACGCAUCAACACAAAGCACAGCAAGAAGAUCAAAUAUGGCCGAGUCGAAGUUGUUGCCAAGAUGCCCAAGGGUGACUGGCUCUGGCCCGCUAUCUGGAUGAUGCCGGUCAACGACACUUACGGGCCCUGGCCCGCCUCGGGCGAAAUCGACAUCGCCGAGUCCCGUGGCAACAACCACACCUACUCCCAGGGAGGCGACAACGUCAUAUCAUCUACGCUCCACUGGGGUCCUGAGCACGCCACCGACAGGUGGUGGCAGACAUCCAAGAGGCGAACCGCCAGGCACAGCGUCUACUCGGAGGGCUUCAACACCUUCGGCCUCGAGUGGUCAGAGAAGUACGUCUUCACAUAUAUCAACAACCGGCUGAUGAUGGUCAUGUACACCCCCUUCGCAAAGCCGAUGUGGAAGCGUGGCAAGUUCCCUCCGGCAAACUCCAACGGGACGGCCCUCAUCGAUCCCUGGUCGCAGACUCACCGGGACAACACCCCCUUCGACCAGGAAUUCUAUCUGAUCCUCAACCUGGCGGUUGGUGGCACCAACGGCUGGUUCAAGGACGGAAAGGACGGGAAGCCCUGGCUGGACACAUCCAAGAACGCGCCAAAGGAGUUUUGGGAGGCUCGGGACAAGUGGAUGCCCACGUGGACUCAGCCGUAUAUGGAGGUCAAGAAGGUCACUAUGCUGCAAGAGUGCGAUGGGAAAUGA